CUUCCAAGUUUAUUGGAUUUUACCAGGCGCUUCCAGAAAGGGCUGGGAACAUGGCCCCAGAAAGUACCAGAUAUCUCUUCUUCUUCUUGCUAUAAAUGACAAGCUCACCUCCCCCUCAUCUCACCAUCGACAAGCAUCAGCAAUUCACAACCACUUUCGCAGCAAUCAAAUAAUCAAAUCAGCUCUUGUUCCAAAAUCCUUUCAAUAGAAAGAGAAUGGCACUGAUUCCAAACUUCUUUAGUAACUCACGAGACAACGUCUUUGAUCCCUUCUCUUCUUUCGGCCUGUGGGAUCCAUUCAGGGACUUCCAAUUUCCCUCUUCCUCUUCAAUCCUCUCUCUUGAUAAUUCUGCUUUUGUUAACCCUCGCAUAGACUGGAAAGAAACAACAGAAGCUCAUGUCUUCAAGGCUGAUCUUCCUGGGCUUAAAAAGGAGGAAGUGAAAGUGGAAAUUGAAGAUGACAGAGUGCUGCAAAUAAGCGGAGAGAGGAAUGUAGAGAAGGAAGACAAGAAUGAUACAUGGCACCGUGUGGAGCGUAGCAGCGGUAAGUUUUUGAGGAGAUUGAGGCUGCCGGAAAAUGCAAAGAUGGACCAAGUGAAGGCCUCAAUGGAAAAUGGUGUUCUUACGGUCACUGUUCCAAAGGUGGAAGUGAAGAAAUCCGAUGUCAAGACUAUUGAUAUCUCUGGUUGAUUAUCUUCUUUCUUGUAAAUUCAUGGGUAUGUGAAUUUUUUUUUUUUUUUU